AUGUAAUUAUUUUAGAGGUGCCUAGUGGCUAGAUUUUCAUUAGCCAUCCCUAAAUUCAAGCAUAAAGAAUAGCCUUAUGUUAAAGAUAUUCCCAUGCCUAAAAGACCUAAACUUGACCCUAAAGACCCCUAUGAGAAAUAUGAACUGGUGAAACCUCGUGAAUAUGAAUUCAGACAGGCUUUAGAUGAAAGACAUACUAAAAAUUUCUAUCCAGGCACUACUUAUGUUGCAGUCCAUAAAGGUGGAAUCACUUAUCACUUGUUUGAUGCAUCAAGAUUUCCCUAUGGCAAGAUGUGUUCAAAAAUUGCCUACCAUUUGAGUGGAAAACAUAAACCCACCUUUCGUAAUAAUGAACCUGGCAAAGUCACAGAUAAAUUUAUUAUUGUCAAUGGUUGUAACAUGUAUUUGACAGGCAAAAAAAUCAAUUAUAAAGUCCUUACUUAUCAUACAGGCUAUGUCGGACAUUUAAGAUAAAUAAAAUUCAGAGACCUAAUCCUUCAAAAACCAGAAUAAUUAGUUGCUUGGACUGUUUCCAAAAUGUUACCAAAUAAUGUUUACAGAAUGGAUAAACUAGAUCAUAUCCAUCUUUUUAGAGGCAGAUUUCAUACCUUUGAUGAUAUUUUGCCCCAAAUCUUACCUCACCAUACUGAUUUUGAAUAUCGAGGAAGCAUUUUAUAAGAUAUGAAAGAAGGUGAUGAUAGAACUCUUCUAUUCACCAGCAAACCUGUCUCAUAGGAGUAGAUCAAAUAGGAUCUCGGGGAUAUUAAGUAGCAAAUCAUGGACCCAAGCGAAUUGGAUAAUGACCUAAUAUUCACACCUUUUGUUGAAAGACCAUAGAAGAUUAAACUUAAUAUGACUUAACAUGAAUAUGAUAAACUAAAUAGAAGAAGAAAGCGAUUGAUGUAGAGAUACAGAAAAUAUAUGCCUAUUCCUUACAGAAAUACCAUAGAAAAAGCAGAUUUUACGAAGAGUUAUGUUGUUAAAUCGGAGAAAUAAUUAAAUAGAUUGGGACUAUAGAAAAUUAAGCCAUUAGACGACGAUCCAGAAUUAGAAGACGAAACAACUAAAUUCUGAGAGUAUUUUAAUAAAAAAUAAGUUAUUUAUAA